AUGGCACACACUCUCCGCGCUCCAACGGCUCCAUACAGUGAGCCCCUUCUCCCCCAACUCGACGUCCGCAACCCAUAUUACACCGAUCUACACCAUAACCUUCGCGCCUGGAUCCGUGAUUACGUUGAAACAUCUAUCGCACCCUAUGCCCAGGAAUGGGAAGCCGCAGGCCAAGUCCCCGAGGAAGUACGGCGACGCCAUUGCGAAUUGGGAUUCGGCAUUGUACAUCCUCUGACUACUGAGGAACAUGCUGCUGGCCUAUCGCUGCCGGGCAAUGUACCGCGUGAUCAAUGGGAUACCUGGUGCUCGCUCAUCUUGACAGAUGAGUUGACGCGUGUGGGGUACGUUGGGGUUGUCUGGGGUCUUGGUGCGGGAAAUGGGAUUGGGUGUCCGCCCAUCGCCAAAUUCGGCACGCCUGAGCAGCAACGACGGUGGCUUCCUGGUGUUGCGAAGGGGGAUAUUCGAUUCUGUUUGGGCAUUACGGAGCCGGAUGCUGGUUCUGAUGUAGCCAAUAUACGCACUACGGCGAGACGCGACGGCGAUCAUUAUAUCGUCAACGGAGCUAAGAAGUGGAUCACCAAUGGUAUCUGGGCGGAUUAUUGCACAGCUGCUGUGCGGACCGGUGGUCCUGGACGGUCGGGUAUUAGUCUACUGGUCAUUCCUCUCGCAACCGAGGGGGUAACCUGUAGGAGAAUGUUCAACUCUGGUGUGAACGCGAGUGGAUCUACCUUCAUUGAACUGGACGAGGUUCGUGUACCCGUGGAAAAUCGCAUCGGAGAAGAGAACAAGGGCUUCCCACUCAUCAUGUCAAAUUUCAACCCAGAGCGCCUAGCACUAGCCUGCGCCUCUCUUCGAUUAGCCCGAGUCUGCGCUGAGGACGCAUUCAACUAUGCAAUCCAACGCGAAACAUUCGGGUCUCCUCUAAUUCAGAGACAGGCGAUCCAAUCUAAGAUCUUCAAGUUUGGUUUAAUGAUUGAGCCCGCCUAUGCCUUUAUGGAGCAGCUUGUUAACAUCCUGGAACUCACUAAAAGUCGCCCUGUGGACGAUGUCAAGAUCGGCGGCAUGACCGCCUUGUUGAAAGUGAUGUCGACAAGGGCUCUAGAGAAGAGUGUACGAGAAGCACAGCAGAUAUUUGGGGGUGCGGGGUAUAACAAGGCCGGCAAGGGUGCCCGUGUUGAACAGAUUAGCCGUGAUGCUCGGGUGCACGUUGUCGGUGGUGGCAGUGAAGAGAUUAUGCAGGGACUUGCGCUUCAGGAAGAGACGAAGGCUUUGCAAUCACGGCGCAGGGCUCUUGAGAAGAAGCAGUCAAAGAUUUGA